CUCCUUCUCUUUGACUCCGCCCACAGAGUCUAGAAUCAUUUCCUGUGUGCCGGAUGCUGAUUGGCCCAGAAGUCGGAAGUGAGGGCGGGUGGUGGGGCCGUUGCCGCAGUGACAGUGCUGGGGGAGUCCGAAGAUGGCGGCGUCGCGUCGCUCUCAGCAUCAUCACCACCAUCAUCAACAACAGCUCCAGCCCGCCCCAGGGGCUUCGGCGCCGCCGCCGCCACCUCCCCCACCUCUCAGUCCCGGCCUGGCUCCGGGGACCACCCCAGCCUCCCCCACAGCCGGUGGUCUGGCCCCCUUCGCCUCCCCGCGGCACGGCCUAGCACUGCCGGAGGGGGAUGGCAGUCGGGAUCCGCCCGACAGGCCCAGAUCCCCGGACCCGGUUGAGAGUACCAGCUGUUGCAAUACCACCAGCACAAUUUGUACCGUCGCCGCAACUACCGUGGUCCCGGCGGCUUCUGCAUCAUCUGCCGUCGGGGUCGCUCCCAACCCAGCCGGCGGUGGCAGUAACAAUUCUCCGUCGUCCUCUUCUUCCCCGACGUCUUCCUCAUCUUCCUCUCCAUCCUCCCCUGGAUCAAGCUUGGCUGAGAGCCCCGACGCGUCCGGAGUUAGUUCCACUGCAGCUUUGGGGCCUGGGGCAGCGGCAGCUGGGACAGGGGUCCCAGCAGUGAGCGGGGCCCUACGGGAACUACUGGAGGCCUGUCGCAAUGGGGACGUGUCCCGGGUAAAGAGGCUGGUGGACGCGGCAAACGUAAAUGCAAAGGACAUGGCCGGCCGGAAGUCUUCUCCCCUGCACUUCGCUGCAGGUUUUGGAAGGAAGGAUGUUGUGGAACACUUACUACAGAUGGGUGCUAAUGUACAUGCUCGUGAUGAUGGAGGUCUCAUUCCACUUCAUAAUGCCUGUUCUUUUGGCCAUGCUGAGGUUGUGAGUCUGUUGCUAUGCCAAGGAGCUGAUCCAAAUGCCAGGGAUAACUGGAACUAUACACCUCUGCAUGAAGCUGCUAUUAAAGGGAAAAUUGAUGUCUGUAUUGUGCUGCUGCAGCACGGAGCUGAUCCAAACAUUCGGAACACUGAUGGGAAAUCAGCUUUGGACCUGGCAGAUCCUUCAGCAAAAGCUGUCCUUACAGGUGAAUACAAGAAAGACGAACUCCUAGAAGCUGCUAGGAGUGGUAAUGAAGAAAAACUAAUGGCUUUACUGACUCCUCUAAAUGUGAAUUGCCAUGCAAGUGAUGGGCGUAAGUCCACUCCUUUACAUCUAGCAGCAGGCUACAACAGAGUUCGUAUAGUUCAACUUCUUCUUCAGCAUGGUGCUGAUGUUCACGCAAAAGACAAAGGUGGACUUGUGCCUCUUCAUAAUGCAUGUUCAUAUGGACACUAUGAAGUCACAGAACUACUACUAAAGCAUGGAGCUUGUGUUAAUGCAAUGGAUCUCUGGCAGUUUACUCCACUACAUGAGGCUGCUUCCAAGAAUCGUGUAGAAGUCUGUUCUUUGUUACUGAGCCAUGGUGCUGAUCCUACUUUAGUCAACUGUCAUGGGAAAAGUGCUGUGGAUAUGGCUCCAACUCCUGAACUUCGGGAGAGACUGACUUAUGAAUUUAAAGGUCAUUCUUUACUACAAGCAGCCAGAGAAGCAGACCUAGCCAAAGUAAAAAAAACACUCGCUUUGGAAAUCAUUAAUUUCAAACAACCGCAGUCUCAUGAAACAGCACUGCAUUGUGCUGUGGCCUCCUUGCAUCCCAAACGAAAACAAGUGACAGAAUUAUUACUUAGAAAAGGAGCAAAUGUCAAUGAAAAAAAUAAAGAUUUCAUGACUCCCCUGCAUGUUGCAGCCGAAAGAGCCCAUAAUGAUGUCAUGGAAGUUCUGCAUAAGCAUGGAGCAAAGAUGAAUGCACUGGAUACCCUGGGUCAGACUGCUUUGCAUAGAGCUGCCCUAGCUGGUCACCUGCAAACCUGCCGCCUUCUGCUGAGUUAUGGUUCUGAUCCCUCCAUCAUCUCCUUACAAGGCUUUACAGCGGCACAAAUGGGAAAUGAAGCAGUGCAGCAGAUUCUAAGUGAGAGUACACCUAUACGCACUUCUGAUGUUGAUUAUCGGCUCUUAGAGGCAUCAAAAGCUGGUGACUUGGAAACUGUGAAGCAACUUUGCAGCCCUCAAAAUGUGAAUUGCAGAGAUCUAGAAGGUCGCCAUUCUACACCCUUACACUUUGCAGCAGGCUAUAAUCGUGUGUCUGUUGUGGAGUACCUUCUACACCAUGGUGCCGAUGUCCAUGCCAAAGACAAAGGCGGCUUGGUGCCCCUUCAUAAUGCCUGUUCCUAUGGACACUAUGAGGUAGCUGAGCUUUUAGUGAGGCAUGGAGCUUCUGUCAAUGUGGCGGACUUAUGGAAAUUUACCCCUCUACAUGAAGCAGCAGCUAAAGGAAAAUAUGAAAUCUGCAAGCUCCUUUUAAAACAUGGAGCAGAUCCAACUAAAAAGAACAGAGAUGGAAACACACCUCUCGAUUUAGUAAAAGAAGGAGACACAGAUAUUCAGGACUUACUGAGAGGGGAUGCUGCCUUGUUGGAUGCUGCCAAGAAGGGCUGCCUGGCAAGAGUGCAGAAGCUGUGUACCCCAGAGAAUAUCAACUGUAGAGACACUCAGGGCAGAAAUUCAACUCCUCUGCACUUGGCAGCAGGCUACAAUAACCUGGAAGUAGCUGAAUAUCUUUUAGAGCAUGGAGCAGAUGUUAAUGCCCAAGACAAAGGUGGUUUAAUUCCUCUUCACAAUGCAGCAUCUUAUGGGCAUGUUGACAUAGCAGCAUUACUGAUAAAAUAUAACACAUGUGUAAAUGCAACAGAUAAAUGGGCAUUUACUCCUCUCCAUGAAGCAGCCCAGAAAGGAAGGACACAGUUAUGUGCCCUACUCCUAGCACAUGGCGCAGAUCCAACUAUGAAGAACCAAGAAGGUCAGACACCUUUAGAUCUGGCAACAGCUGAUGAUAUCAGAGCUUUGCUGAUAGAUGCCAUGCCCCCUGAGGCCUUACCUACCUGUUUUAAGCCUCAAGCAACUGUAGUGAGUGCCUCUCUGAUCUCACCAGCAUCCACCCCUUCCUGCCUCUCUGCUGCUAGUAGCAUAGAUAACCUCACUGGCCCUUUAGCAGAGUUGGCAGUAGGAGGAGCCUCCAAUGCAGGGGAUGGUGCAGCUGGUACAGAAAGGAAGGAGGGAGAAGUUGCAGGUCUUGACAUGAAUAUCAGCCAGUUCCUAAAAAGCCUUGGCCUUGAACACCUUCGGGAUAUCUUUGAAACAGAACAGAUUACAUUAGAUGUUUUGGCUGAUAUGGGUCAUGAAGAAUUGAAAGAAAUAGGCAUCAAUGCAUAUGGACACCGCCACAAAUUAAUCAAAGGAGUAGAAAGACUUUUAGGUGGACAGCAAGGAACCAAUCCUUAUUUGACUUUUCACUGUGUAAAUCAGGGAACUAUUUUGCUAGAUCUUGCUCCAGAAGAUAAAGAAUAUCAGUCAGUAGAAGAAGAGAUGCAGAGUACCAUUCGAGAACACAGAGAUGGUGGCAAUGCUGGUGGCAUUUUCAACAGAUACAAUGUCAUUCGAAUUCAGAAGGUUGUCAACAAGAAAUUGAGGGAACGAUUCUGUCACAGACAAAAAGAAGUAUCUGAAGAGAAUCACAACCAUCACAAUGAGCGCAUGUUAUUUCAUGGUUCUCCAUUCAUUAAUGCCAUUAUUCAUAAAGGCUUUGAUGAGCGUCAUGCAUAUAUAGGAGGAAUGUUUGGAGCUGGGAUUUAUUUUGCUGAAAACUCCUCAAAAAGCAACCAGUAUGUUUAUGGGAUUGGAGGAGGAACAGGCUGCCCCACACACAAAGACAGGUCAUGUUAUAUAUGUCAUAGACAAAUGCUUUUCUGUAGAGUGACCCUUGGAAAAUCCUUUCUGCAAUUCAGCACCAUGAAGAUGGCCCAUGCCCCUCCAGGUCAUCACUCAGUUAUUGGGAGACCAAGUGUCAAUGGGCUGGCAUAUGCUGAGUAUGUUAUAUACAGAGGAGAACAGGCAUACCCAGAGUAUCUUAUCACCUACCAGAUCAUGAAGCCAGAAGCUCCUUCACAGACCUCAACAGCCGCAGAGCAGAAGACCUAGUGAAUGCCCACUGAAAAGAAAUCUAGGUACUUCUCCAUUUUCAUAUCAAACCAGAACUUGGAGGCCUCAUGCACUCUCCUCAGAAGAUUCUAACCGAAUGACAGCAUGGAACCCAGAGUUUAAUUCUAUGCAAAAUUACAACAGUACAACCAAGAUUCUUAUUUUCCUUUUCAUUCUUGGAACUUAGAAUUCCUAGCUUUUCAAGCAGCAUAAGUAGAAUAAACAAUACCAAUGUCUUCAUGAAACGGCAUCCUUGUGCAUCAUUGAGCUUGAUGUUAGCCAUGUCCCCUUGCUCUCAAAAUAGCAAAGUACAUUAGAAUAUACAGAGAAAUGCCUGAAUGUGACAAGCAAAAAAAGUAAUAUAGAUUAACAUUCUAUCACAGAUAUUAUACAAAAAAAUAAAAUUUUGGUUAACACUAGAAAACAACAUAAGAAUGCAAGAAGUUGUCUAGGUUUUUCUCUAUUGCAGUAUAUUUCCCUAUUGCACGAAGGAUUAUUGGAUAUUGCUCCCCCCACCCUUUUCAAACAUGUGCACUGUCUGGAUUCCUAUAAAUGGCCUUGCAAACAGAAAUGGUGUAUUUUUAAUCACUUUUCCCCAGUGUGUUCACAUCCCGUUAGUGUGAUAGCUAUGAUAACAGCCUUCUUACUGUGUUUUCUGUCAGCCUAAUUAUCUUGUGUAGAGUUUUAGACUUUAGUCAUUCAGCUUAUAUUCAAAACCAACAUUAAAAUAGGGUUUUACAUGUCAGAAAUUUAUUUAAAGGCUGAAAUUAAUUUUGUUUGAUGUCAAAUCAAUGACAAAAAAAUGAAAGUAAUGUUUGAGCUAUCAUUUGACACAUCUAGCAUAUGACAACGUAAUGCAUUCAAAAAAAUACCAUCCUAAAAAGUGAGGUUUCUUCAAGCAACUCAUGCAUUCUGCAUUUAAUAGACAAGUAAAUAUUUCUAAAUAAGAAAGCCUUAACUGUGGCAGAAACUUUUUAACCUUUUAUAUUCUAAUAAAUGUUGAAAAGUGUACAUGAGUCAGGCAUAUCUCCAUGUAUUUCAUAUCUGUUAAGCUUAUUUCACAAGGGUCUAUUUCAUAAGUAAUACUCCCUCACCUACAGUGGGGCUGACAUAAUAGUCCAUUCCAAUGUGUCCGCAUCUGAAAUUCAUCAGCUACCAGACCUUACAGUUUGGAGAAAUGCUAGAAAGACUUCAUUUAAAGCCUGUUAAGUUGAUAUAUAAUAACUUAAUAUCUUGAAGAAUUUGAAUGAUAUGAAGUUGUUUUUUAAUCAUUUUAAAAUAUAAACUAUGUUGUAUUACACUGAAAACCUUUCAGAGGCUGAAAAUUUUAUAUAUUCUGUAAGACCCAAUAUUGUUAUGCUGUGACCAGCUUUAGUCUUCUGCCUAGAGUUUGGCCUCCUAUGAAAUGACACACUGGAGAAGAUGCAUUUUGACUCUUCAUUCUUUCUCUUUUCACAUUGCCACAUCUACCUACCACCAUCCUUUCAAAGAGUUUUCUUUAUCUGUAUACUCAUUUCCAUAUACAGCAACGAAUGCCCUUGGUUGAUUCAGAGCUUUGCAGAGAACUGCAGUUAAACAUUGUAGUGGGAUGUAACCCACACACCCUCUCACCUCUCCACCUCACACCCUCUCACCUCUCCCAAAGUUCUGGAUGAAAAACUAGAAAACACCUCAGUGAAGUUAAGUAGUAGCCUAGAUCCAGAAAAUGACCUUGACCAUAUAACCAUUGUGUUCAUUACAUAGAACACUUAAUGUGCAUAUGAUACCUGCUUCUGCUCCCAUUGGUUUAAGCUUAUCUUUGUGGUAGUAAUAUUUGUCUUUGUCACCUACAAAACUGAAAAGGUACUUUGAUCAACAAGGUUUCUCAAAAACAUUUACAAAACCAGCUUGGAGGAAAUUAGAGUGUUUCCUGGCAGCAGCAUUUGGAGUAGUAAUUGUAUUUCUCAUUGUGAUGUUUGUCUGUGUAAGUAACCAAUGUAGUGACCCUUUGGUUUGUUAUUGGUGUUGUUUUUAUUUUUAGUCUGUGACCCACCAGUGGCAGGUGGUUCCAACCCCUGCUUCUUUCUUUUUACAUUUGUCUAUUUGUAGGAUUGCCAGAUAAAACUCAAGAUGCCCAGUUAAAUUUGAAUUUCAGACAAUUUUUUAGCUUAAGUACAUUUCAUGCAAAAUUUGGCAUACCCUUAUCAUUAAAAAAAAAAAGAGAACUAUUCAAUGUUUAUGUGAAAUUCAAAUUUAAUUGAACACCUGGAUUUUGUCUUUUUCUAAAUCUGGCAAUUCUACUGAAUUAGUCAUGGAAAACCACUUACAGCAUGUAAAUUCUUCUAGUCUUCAUUAUCGUUUGCCUGGAAUAGAAGACCUUUUUUCUCUCACCCUCUAUUUAUUUCCAAAAGAGGGCAUCAAGGAACUUUACCUGCCUCCAUGGUAGGUUUCUAUUUAAAACACAUUUGUGAUCAUAUUUAACCUGUAAUUGUGCUUUGGCUUAACGUCUAACUUACAGUACUUGUAAUUGAUUAAUAUUCAAUAAAAACAUUUGUAAAGUAUA